AUGAGCGAGAUGCAUGAGCUCCCACGUGAACAGCGUAUAACGAUCAAGCAAUGUGCAGAGGACUAUUGCCAGGAGUAUGGCGAGGAUUUAAAGCAUGUUCAUGACCACAUGCGGUAUGCGCUAAAGGUUGGUGGGCGCCUUUGGAUUCUUGCCCAAGCGUUUGAAUGGCGUGAGCUUGUUGUUUUUUUCCCUGAGAUCUCGGCAAAGAAAUUUACUGAUAAUCUACCUGACGAAUUCUGGGGACAGGUACCAGGAAUGAUUACCCAAGCUAUUUCCAGCGCCCAUGGAGAUAUUGCAACCAACUGGAGUACCAUUUAUGAAAAAUUUGACACGCAGUACCAAUUGAUCAAGGAUACUGAAUAG